AUGGCAAGGCAGCAACCGGGGCUGGCCUGUGAGGAAUGUCGCCGCCGGAAGGCACGUUGCGAUCGUGGACGCCCUCAAUGUGGGAUCUGCGCUGAUGCUGGCCGGGAAUGUAUCUUUGUGGAUAAGAGAGCUCCUAGAGGGCCUAAGAAGGGCCAGUUGAAGGAUUUGCGGUCUCGAGUUGCGGAAAUCGAACAACGAUUGAUCAGUCAAGACCGACCUCUCGAUGACGGCAUGUUAACCCCAGAGCUUGAGGACCCGAGCGAGCUUUCCUACGAUGCCGAUGCAUAUCAAAUGCCACCGCGCUCGGUUUCGUUUGACAAUACAACUGAGUUGAAACGACCAAUAGAAUGGACGCUGGCGUCUGGUCGUUCAAACUCUUGGACUGCAAAUGGGGGCUUUAUGCCUAACCCACCAACUAUGCAGAACCUCGGACUAGGUGUUAUGUCGUCACCAUUAUCACCUGCUCGGACGCCUAUUAAUAAGAUGACACUCGGAGAAGAUUUGAGCAUGUCAGAUCUCAUGCUCGCUGAUCUGGACCUGCUUUAUUUUGAGCGAGUUCACCCAAUUGUUCCAAUUAUCCACAAGGAGCGGUAUUUCUCAUGGGCCCACGAUGAAAACGUGUCGCCUUCCCGCAUCUGCUUAAGAUCAGCCAUGCGGACCAUUGCUGCGGCGAUGUCCUCUCAAUUUUGCACAUUCACUGACUCCCUGUAUGCGCGGACCCGUCGCAUGCUUGAAAUGCAAGAUUUGCCCGACGAGACCGGCUUUCCCUGGAUGACGACGAGGCUCAAAAAUCCUAACAGCGGGGUGGAGCACGAGCUGAUACAAGCAUGGCUUCUCCUUGCCCACUGCGAGCUUAUUCGCAAGUCAGAGCAGGAAGCUCUUCUUACAGCCGGACUUGCGUUCACACUUCUCCAAUUCUCUCACAUAAUCGAAAUCGACAUGCCCAAUAUUGAGGCCUCACCACCCAGCGAGUACGCAGGCACAAAUUCUACCACAUCGUCAUACAUUCCUAAGGCCAUGUUGGAUGAAACUUGGAUGGAGACCGAAGAGAAGCGGCGGACGUUGUGGGCCGCGUUCGUUUUCGACCGAUUGUCCAGUAUGCUCAACGAUCGACCAUUGAUGCUACACGAAGAAAUAAUUCAAACACGUCUCCCCAUGCCCGAAACUGAUUUUCAGAGUGGUCAAUACCCAGUUCCUAUGGGAUUCCUUUCCGAAACGAUGAGUAACACCAGCGAGUACGCAUCACUGCCAUCCUUCGCCCAGUGCGUCGUCCUGGCCAAUCUUUACGGACACUGCUUAUCGCACCGACGAAUGGAACAAUCAAUCUCACCUCCAGGCUCCGAGUCCCAAUCCCAAGACUUCUGGACAAGACACGAAUGGCUCGCGUCAGCCGCCACAGCAGCAACAAUGACACCCCUCCAAACACAAUCCAAACGCGAUGCAUCAACGAUAAAAUGCGACUCAAUGGACUUUUUCAACCACAUCCUCGCUUACAGCGCAUGUAUUUCACUAAGCGAAACCGCAGAGGAAAGACUGUGGCAGAACGUCAAUGACCAAAUGCUAGCGUUGGCCUAUAAGCAAGCAGCCUACCAAGCCGCAAAUGACGUCGUUCAUCUAAUCCAGAAGCUACCCCGGGUAGCUUUUUUCAAGAUGCACCCAUUUCUUCCCAAUUCAAUAUGCCUUGUCGCUAGAUUUUUGACUAUCGCGACCUCUCAGCUUGCCAAUCCGGCAGGUCAUAGGCAGGACGGGGUUCGGAAUAUGAUGGUAAGUUUGCGGCAGCUGAGCGAUGUCAAUAACUUGGCGAGAGAAUCUCUGAUGAAAUUGGAAGCUGGCUUUGGCUGGUCCAUAGCGGCAACGGGGGAGUUGUGUUAA